CCUUCAUCCACACCCCUAUCAUUUUGCGUCGGUUGGGACGUAUAAAAUCACUAUUAAAGCAAGUGGAAGAGUUUGUGCCAAUUUUUAGAGAUCCCUUCGUCCUAAUUCCUCAUCAAAAGCAAACCACCUUCUGAGAGGAGAUGUUGGAAGGCAAGGCGAUGAUCCAAGACACAGACAUGCCAUUGGAGAUGCAGCUCCAAGCCAUGCCCUUCGCCUGCGAAGCUCUUGACCUCUUCGACGUCUUGGACUGCAGAAGCAUCGCCGGCCACAUUAAGAAGGAAUUUGAUGUUGUGUACGGACCUGGAUGGCAGUGCGUUGUGGGAUCAAAUUUUGGAUGUUUUUUCACACACUCGAAGGGGACCUUCAUCUACUUCUGCUUGGAGUCGCUCAACUUCCUUGUUUUUAAAGGAGCUUCUGCAUAGUUUGGAUUGCACACUGGAGAAUGGAACAUACUGUAAUUUGGAUAACAAGCAGUUUUAUACUUUUCUUCCAAACAGUCUUCAGACUUUCAACAAUCAAACUUAGAGUGGUUUCGACUUCUGAGCAACUGCAGUGGCUUCCAACUCAGCAACUGCUUGCUUCCAUGACUUGAGCAGCAGAGUGAGGUAAUGAUUUUUUUCUUUUUUCUUUUUUGAAAGGAAAAAUAUAUUAAGUGACUACGGAUAUCACUCUAAUCAUCAAAACAUUGAGUCACUUGGACGAGAAGUAUUUUGGAUGAUAUACAGUUCCAAUUUGAUUUAUUAUAACUAUGCUUUCUCCAACAACACUUGCCAACAAGAACAAGAGAAAAGCAGGUGAUCGUGGUUUGUAUUAAACGUCAAACAACAUGCACAUAUGCUAUCAGAAUAAAUAGAAGUGUAGUUUGCUCAUCGUUGUACCUAUCUAUUUCUGGCUUUCCUGCCUACAAGUCGGGGUUCUCUACUUUGAACUUGAUCUCUCCAUUCCUUGUGACUGACCGUCCUACUUGUUGGUCAUCAUUACUGAAAUUAACAGGGUUUGGUUUUGAUGUUUGAGGUAGCGCUGCCGCAGGUGUUGGAGCUCUAGCAAAACCAGGUGCAGGUGAUCCAUGGAAAUCUGAUGUUUCAGGUUUUCCAACCAUGGAUUUGAAUCUCUCUUCUGUAACAUAUAAGAAUCGCAAAUUUCAGGGGGGAAAAAAACAUGAACCAAGUAAUAUAUUUGAAAGAGAAUGCGAGAAUAUAUCAUAUUGGGAAAAAAUUUAGUAAAUGACUAUAUCCCAUUUAUUGUCAUUACGUUUGCAUAAAGAUUAACAUUUACCUUUGAAUCUCCCCGAAUUCACAAUUUGACGAAGGCAGUUCCGGAACUCUGACAACACACACCUUUCUUGCUCUACAAAGAUCUCUGAUGUUCUCUGAUUGCUGUGAGAAGAUAGAGAAGUACAAGGGUAUUGAGACGUCAUGAACAUUGUGUCUUGCUCGUCGCACAUUAGGGCCAGUGUUCCUGGAGACAUUGGUCUCUGCCCUUGCUGUGUGCCUUCACAGACAGGGUCAGUCUCUUCUGCCUUGAUUUUGUACGCAGGAAUAUUUUCUGAAUUGUGAUCUGCUGACCCAGGCUGAACACUUGGAUCAUCUUGUCGCUGAUCAUCUGCAUCUUGGUUUGGGGAAGCAAUAAGACUUCCAACAUACUCAUCCUUCUCAACUGAGGAGUUUGCUUUUCCAUCUGAAAUUUUUUAUUCACACUAAAGCAAUAAGAAAAUGUAGCACAAAGGAGUACUGAGACCAUGAAGACGAUGCUUCACUAUGACUGCAUGACCAGAGCAUAGAAUAAAAGUCGGAAUAAGCAAAUCAAUCAAUUGGCAAAAACAAUUGUAACAACUGAGGCAUUUUCAUCAUUUUAUCCCUUAACUUUGUUCAGCAAAUUUAUGACAACUAAAAUUUUUUCAGAAAAUGAGUAAUCUGGAAAGUCUGGAUUAUGAAUGCACAU